AUGUCUAUUUCCUCUGCGACGCCGUAUAUCAGCCUUUCUGAUGCUCUCCUAGCUCGUCACCAGUUAGCAGCGUACUACAAGCGGAUGCCUAAGGCUCCGACUGACGAGAAUGAAGCUCAGAAUCUCAUUGAUUGGUUCCAGGGCUUCAUUGUCAGGAUGGAUACGGUGAUUCAGGAGGUCGGAGCAGACAAGGUUGGAGUGGAUUUCAACAACAUCUGCGAAAAUGUGCGGGCCUUCGUCGAACCCCUGCAACCCCUGCAUGAGCAGGCACUGAGAGACGCUGUGGAUCUCGCAUUCGCCAACGCUGACAUCGAAGAGCAUCACUUCAUAUCUCUUAAAGACCUGUUGGAUGAACAGGAGAAGCUGCCAGCUACUAAAGCGAACAUACGUUCGUCUGACAAGGAGUCAAAGGGUCCAAUUCAUCCUCCAUCCGCCACUGCGGCAAACGCUGCCGCGGACGUGGAGCCCAAGGCCACGAUGAAUGAGAGAGCGCCGGUCGAGAAUGACGCAGUUCCUUCCGGUGGCCUGCCGGAUCGUAUCACCCCCGAUGCGAAGUCCGCCAUCAUCACGAAUGUGUCAUCCCCUGUGAUUGCAGUUUUUAUGGACAAGAAGACACAGCCUGCCCUAGGCAUCCCUGAUUUCAACGUUAGCGGCAGCAAAGACGCGAAGCCCGCUCCUUCGUCAGACAGCAACCUACCAGUGGUAGCUAGCAGCAAGGAUGUCGCCGCCGCCGUCGCCGAUUUCAAGCACGCACUCGUUACCAUCAAUGAGCGAAAUGCGCCAGCAGAUUUCGAGUCUGACAGCACAGUCAUUGACGCACUCGCCGUCAUCGCUGCCGACAUCUCCGGUGAUGACGCCAAAGGCGGACGGUGA